GUUUGCUUCUCCUCAUCACUACAAUCAGCUUCUUUACUUUCCGCUAUCAUCUCUCUAAGCCUCAACCAUCCACUUCAAACUUUCUUUUCCCAUCUCACUACCAAACACAAAUUUCAAGAUGGCUCACCUCCUUUCCGCCUCAAAGCUCGCUGCUCUCUACGACAGCAAGACCCGCCAGCUCGUCCUCUCGGCCGAGGUCCCCGCCAUCGUCCUCGGCCCCAAGUUCGUUCGUGUCGAGGGUUUCGCCGGUGGCCUCAAGUUCGCCCUGCAGGGAUUCUUCGGCGGUCUGCUGCCCAAGGGAGUCCGCGAUAUCCAGGACGUCACCACAAAGUUCCCCGUCAUCCUCCCCGCCUCUCAUUUCAACAACAAGACCGUCUUCGUCGACACCGCCGACGGCACCAAGGAGAUUGAGAUCAAGUACACCGGACUCGAGGGCGUCGUCCCCACCACCGGCGUAGACUUCACCAAGCACGACAAUACCGCCAUCGGCAGCGUCGUGUCUCCCAUCCACCUCGCCCUUGCCGCCGAUCACGAGGCCACCAUCACUGCCGUUGUCCAGAAGGACGAGGGCGACUUGAAGAUCUCCGUUGUGCCCAGCUUCAACGAGGAGUUCCUGAGACUCGUCAACGCCACCGUCCACAACGGCGUCAUCUCCUACACUUUCCGCUGGGCCAAGCUCCCCACCGAGGAGGGCCAGAACCCCCAGCUCAUCAACGUUACCACCACCACCUACAACGGUCUUGUCGGUCCUGCUGCUCGCACCACCAGUGUUGUCCAGGGCUACAUUGUCCGUUUUGUCGUUUUCCAGGAGUAAAUGACUUGAAAUGGUGUCGCGUGCCUCUAGCCAGGGUUCAAACUUCUUCGAGAUGUCCUUUGGCAUGGAUGGCGGAAGUUGGUGAGGCUUUCUUAAAGCCAAUAUUGAAAUAGGGGAAAAUUCCAUUUCUUUCGCCUCCCAGAAGGCUUUCUUCAUUCUAGCUAGCUCCGUAUUCAACAACG